AUGCCUUUCAUGCACUCCAAGGGUGCGACAACACUCGGCCACACUUUCAGAAAUUUUGAUCAGACAAUAAUUACUGUAAAAGUUGGUGGAAAGGACUACCCCGAGUCGUUCAGCUGCCAUCGCGAACUACUGCGACGAUGCUCGCCGUACUUCAACACGUGCUUAGAGGAGAAGAGUGACUCACCGUACGAGAAAUCGGGUACCACUCUUGAACUCGACGACACCAGCCCUGACGUGUUCGAUGCCUUUAUGCUAUGGCUAUAUACCGGCUUCAUACCACAUCAUCUAAUCGAAGGUGGGAAAGAAGUGCACCCGCCAACCCAUGCCGUCAACGUGAACGGGGGCGACAGUGCGAGCACUACUGAACAGAACGAGAGCGACGAUGUGGACACUGCCUCGUGGGGUAUCGCCCUAGAGACCGACGACGCAGCGUCAGACACCUCACCCGCCAACGCCGAACCCGCAGCGAGUCCUGCACCUAGUGCGGAGAAAGUGCCUGGUGAUGCUGAACCUGAAAAGGCUGCCGUGGUACCACCUCCACGAAACCCCGCCGAGAAGCCCGAGAUACCAAAAGAGACACUAUGCCCAUGCUGCUCAAGACCAUACAAGUGGAGGGGGUUGGAAGGUUUCCUGGAGCGCAGAUUCAUAUCGCUCUACGUCUUCGCACAUCGCUAUGCCAUCCCGAAGUUACGCCGCGCGGUACUGCUAGCAUGGCAAACGAACGACGAGAUCCUACAAGUAAUGCCCGAUCACAGCAACGUCAUCGCCGCCUACGAGAGCCUACCACCAGACGCAGCGCUCUGCCGAUACUUCCUCGAUAUGUACUCCGUGUACUGGAACCCCGACCGCGAUGACGAGCGCACGAUAGCCCUGCGGAGUCAGCUUCCGCAAGCUUUCUUGUUCGAGUUGGUAACAAUGUUAGCGAGGGGCGAGCGACCAAAAAUGGAGAAGGAAUGGUGCGAGUUCCACGAGCACGAAAGCGAAGAGGAGAAGAAGGCUUGCUUGGACGAUCUGGCUAAAGAUCCAGUUGCAAGCAAAGCGCUCAGGCGGAUCAAGGAUAGUAAGGGCUGGAAAGGCUUGGUACUCAAGAAGGGAAAGAGAUGA